AUUGUAAUCAUAUAUCCGUAUUCAUCGAGAUGCCCAACAACAGGAAGAUUACAAAAAAGACAAUCAAGGGAAAGGAAGGCCUCCAUCCGGGAUCACGAAAGGCUGCCCAGCUUACGCGGGUCCAGCUGAGGGUCGAGAAGCUCAAGGGAAAUAACAAGGCAAGAAAAGAUCAUGUUUCUGCGAAGGUCCAGCGGCCACUCUUCUUCAUCCACUCCCUCUCCUCCCCAAACCCGCUUACCCUCCCUUCCCUCAAAGCACUCAUAACGGAAGUGUAUCUCAAGCGACAUGAUCCCCGCAUUGAAGAGCUUACACGAGAACGGAGGCCAGGGAGACCAAAGCCGAAGGAGUUGCUGGAUUUGGAGGAGGUCAAAAAAAGGGAAACUGGAGAGUAUGAGACAGGAAUGGAGGUCCCAGACCUAACCCAUCCCCCAACGACCCUUCUCAUCCACUCAUGGCUCAGUUCUCCCAACCCGCCUUCUAUCGACCAUUCACACAUUGACCUCCUUCGACAUAUACGUGUAUCCCCUCAUGGGGAGGUAUUGCUUACAAAGGAAGGGAGAACAGAAGAGAUGGGUUUGGGGAAUUGGAAGGGAGAGGGAGAGGGAGAUGAUUGGACUACUUUUUUGGAAGGGGUGAGCACGGAGAAACAGGGGCAAGAGAUGGAGGAGUAAAGAUGCUAAGGAGGAGUAGGUGUUGGGGGGUUGUUGAGUUAUAGAUGGUUAUUUUUGAACAUUAUAACCCUCAUCUUCGCUUAUGUAUGUAUUAUACGUUCGUCUC